AUGGCACGAAUAUACCCCUCGACCCUCUGUCUCUUGCUGCUGGCAGCCUUGCCGCUCAUCUGCGCUCAUGUCAUUGAAGUAGGCGCAUCCAAGAAGGAAUGUUUCUUCGAAGACCUUCACGUGAACGACAAGAUGACCGUCACCUAUCAAGUCGGAGGAGGAGGUCACCUUGAUAUUGACUUCUGGCUCACCGACCCGACCGGGAACGCGCUUGCCAAGCAGAUCAAGCAGUCAACAGGUUCAGCCUCCAUCACGGCGAAGAGGGACGGGAGACAUGAAUACUGCUUCUCGAAUCAAAUGAGUGCUAUCGCGGACAAACUUGUUAGCUUCAAUGUCCACGGCGUCCUCUACGUUGGCGAGGAAGGAACGCUCAUCUUAUCUACAGACACCGUUGCUCCCAUCGAGCGAGAAAUUCGUGAUCUCGCAAAUGGCCUCAAAUCCGUGAAGGACGAGCAGGAAUAUAUUGUAGUGCGCGAGCGGAGACAUAGAAACACGGCAGAAUCUACCAAUGCCCGGGUCAAAUGGUGGUCCGUUUUCCAAGCUGUCGUGCUGUUCUCUGUGGCAGCUUGGCAGGUGUACUACCUAAAGUCGUUCUUCGAGACAAAACGAGCAUUCUAA